AUGGCGUCUGCAAGUUAUUAUGCAGGAUUUAUACUAGGUUUAAUUGUCAUUUUGCCAGUCCUACAUUUAUCUGCUGCGAAUGGCUAUGAAGGUUAUGGAAUAACUGGAAAAGAAAAGGAUGCUUAUCUUGAAAAUGGUGGUACUUUUUCUGCUGCUUCUGUUGAUCAUGUUGAUGGUAGAAACAGUCUCCGAGGGAGAAAAUUGCUGUUAAAAUAUUCGUCGUCGAUUAAUCAAGAUAUCGAGAAAUUAAAGGAGCAAGGAAAACACAGAACUGCUUUACAAAAAUCUGAAGCAAAUUCAAGAAUUUCAAUUCCGAUGCCACCAAAUUCUAUCGAUCCCAACAUAACACCAUCUAAUAGUUCUUCUUCUACGGAGAAAGAAGGCAAUUCACAAUCCGAUGAGGUUGUAAACAUGCUACGAAGGGACUACAAGGGCCUCAACAAUCCCCGUCGGAAGCCCCCAAUCAACAAUCAUAAGCCUACAGAUUAAGGGUGAUUCAAUAAUCUUGUUCGUUAAACUGUUAGAGCUGUCGACUUCACAAUUUUGUCCCCAAAGUGAAGCGAUUACUCGACAGUAUUUAUACAUAGGAUAGUCAAAAUAUCCAUAUAUA